UUGUCUUCCUGCGUCCGACAUUGAUCUAUGUGACCAGGACACUGUUGUCUGAAAAUCACCUUCUCCCCGGCCAGGGAUCCCGCCGGACUUCGGAGAGUGCUUUGAAUCAAUUUCGGAAUUAACGCCCGCGAUGGACCCUUCAAUCAUGAAACUCCUCGAAGAAGACGAGGAUGAAACAAUGCAUUCGGGGGCGGAUGUGGAGGCCUUCACAGCUGCCCUAAAUAGACAUAUCGAAGGAGGAGAUACUUCUACGUCUCAGCCUGCAGAUUCCGGCGGCGUGUUAUCUCAAGGGAACAGUCACACCUCAAAUCAGUUUGUUGACUGGCAAAUCACCAGUCAUGGUGAAAAUAUCAUGCCUCAGAGUCUUCAGGAUUCGAAGGACACACUGCAGAAAUCAUAUAAUUCAUCGGAAAUGGAGCUAAAGCGGCAGGGUCAAGACACGGACAAUCAGCAACAAAUUGAUUUGUCGCAGGAGAUGAAUUCCCUCCCUCUACAGCAUCUAUCCUCCAAAGAUGGACAGCCAUCGCAGACUGAACAACCCAUGCUUCGACCAAUGGACGUGCAGAGCUCUGAUAAGAACGCUAUCCCUACACAGGAGCAUAAUAGAACACAAAACCCAGAACCUCAACAUCUCAACUUGCAUGGUAUUAGUACUCAACAAUCCAUGUCCACAGCUAUGACUGGUCAACAGUCCAUGUCUGUUGGAACGAGUAGUCAGCAACCUGUCACAACGGGGAUGAUCAAUCAAACAGAAAUGGCCUCAGCGACCGGCAGCCAAUCUACGGGUAAUGCACUUAAGCAAGGGAAACAAGUGCCAUUUGCCAUGUUAUUCCCUCACAUACAGCCCCAACUUGAUAAAGACAGAGCCAUGCAACUACAAACUCUGUACCAUAAACUUAGGAAAAAUGAAAUUACAAAGGAAGGCUUUGUUAAGCACAUGAGAAGUCUUAUAGGUGACCAGAUGCUUAAGAUGGCUGUAUAUAAAUUUCAGUCUCAGGCUGCUAGGAAUUCACAAUCUGGACCUAAUCAGUUUCCACCACAGUCUCAGGCUUCAACACCGCAACAUCUUCAAGCACCAUCAAAUGAUUCAAGCAACUUGGCAAUCGAUAGUAGUGCUCAAAAAUUGCAUGAGGUGGAACACCAGGCAGAUUUACAUGGAGUGCCAGGAAACCAAGUGUCUUCUUCUAGUUUGAGUGCAAUAAAACAAGAAAGGGAGCAUCCACCAUUCCCUCCUCUUCAGGGACUUAAUAACCAUCAACAAAAGCAUCUGCACUUCUCGCAGGCAUCUAUCCCCCCAUAUGCGAAUAUGGGGAACAAUUAUCACCCUUAUUCUGCAACAAAUACUUCAUCAAUGCCAACACCUCUUAAACCACAACCACAGGAUCCACAUAUGAGGCCAAUUUCAGCUCAUCAGAGUAUAGGUGCAAAUCAAUUAGGAUCUGGAACUCAGACUAUGAAUAUGAUCAAUACACCUAAAUUUGAUCAGAGGCAAAAUUCUUAUGCUGAACCAAGGAGAUCUAUUACUCACAUGACAAGUAGUUCAAUUGCACAACAGGGUUCAGUUCAUUGGCAAUCAUCAAGCAAUAAGGAGCGAAGAAGUAUACUUCCGCCACCCAUGAUGAAUGUAAAAGCAGAACCAACAGAUCAGUUACAUGAUCAGCAGCACAAGUCUCAGUUAUCUUCUCCUUCCUUCACUCCUGUACAAAAUGAACCUGGAGCUUCUACAUUAGGAACUUCAAAUGAUGAAAGCUUUGAUAUGCCAUCCACUUCAAUGGGCUUCUUAACAGCUGGACAUCGGGUAGCUCAAAAUUUACCCUCAAAUCCCAUGCCAACUCAAGUUGACACUAGUAAUUCGCUGAAUUCCAGCACACUUACAGUAACGUCUCCCAGUGGGGUUGGAAAUAAUGUCAAAACUCCCUCGAAAAAGCCUUCAGUUGGCCAAAAGAAGCCACUGGAUACACUUGGAUCUUCACCUCCACCAUCAGGCAAGAAGCAAAAGGUAUCUGGGGCCUUAGCGGAUCAAAGCAUUGAACAACUCAAUGAUGUCACUGCUGUUAGUGGAGUUAAUCUCAGGGAAGAAGAGGAACAGCUAUUUUCUGGUCCCAAGGAAGAAAGUCGAGUUUCUGAAGCUUCACGACGAGUUGUGCAAGAAGAAGAGGAGAAGCUAAUUUUGCAGAAAAUUCCACUUCAGAAGAAAUUGACUGAAAUAAUGGGAAAAUGUGGACUAAAGAAUAUGAGCAAUGAUGUGGAGCGGUGCUUAUCAUUGUGUGUUGAGGAAAGGAUGCGUGCAUUGAUAAGUACUCUCAUCAGACUGUCAAAACAGCGUGCUGACUUUGAGAAGACAAGACAUAGAACAAUUGUUACCUCUGAUGUUCGCCAACAAAUCAUGGCAAUGAACCGAAAGGCUCGGGAAGAAUGGGAAAGGAAGCAAGCUGAAGCAGACAAAGUCCAAAAGACAAAUGAACCAGAUGGCAAUGCUGCAGCUGAUGGCGAUAAGGAUAAGGAUGAUGGUCAGGCAAAAUCAGUGAAGGUAAACAAGGAAGAGGAUGACAAGAUGCGCACAACAGCUGCAAAUGUUGCUGCUCGAGCUGCUGUUGGUGGAGAUGACAUGUUGUCAAAAUGGCAGUUAAUGGCAGAACAGGCUAAGCAGAAACGUGAUGCGGCAUCGGGCUCACAUCCUGGUAAAGAUAUGCCCCAGAAGCCAUCAUCGUCCUCCAGUAGAAAUACAAGGGACAAUCAAGAAGCUGAAAAAAGGAGUUCAUCAGCUGCCAGUAUCACACCAGGUGAUGAUAGGAAUGUUGGGAGAAAUCAACUUGUGCCCCAAACUAGAGUUGGUUGCAGUAUUACUAUCAAAGACGUAAUAGCUGUCCUUGAAAGGGAGCCACAAACAUCCAAGUCUACAUUAAUUUAUCGUUUGUAUGAGAGAAUUUGCUCCGAUGGUUUGUCUGAGUAGUUCUGGUGCCGUUCUUUUGGAGUUCUUGUUGCACGGUUAUGUAGCGAACAAAUACAUUUUCACGUUUUCCCCCUUUUGUUCCUUUUUCGUUUCUACCUAUAGGAUCUUGUUAUUAGUUGAUUAUAGUCAGUUGUUGAAUAGAAGCUUGUAAAAGGUGUACACUACUGUUGCUUAUAUUUUUCAGCACUGUAUCACAAAUUCACAAGAAAGCUCUGCAGUGCCUUCUUUUCUAUGCAUGCUAUGCUUUUCAGUA